UGGUAACACUGCUGCUAUUGUUUUGAUAGAUUGGCCUAAACAUAGAUAACUCAACCCAUAAAUAAACUUUACUUUACUUUUGCCAUUUUGUAAUGAAAAAUUAUAUUGAGUGGAUACUAAACUGCAAUAAUAUAUUGUGUGUGAGCUACAAGUACUCUUGAAUAUUAGCCAGAUAACCAACUUGACGUACUUAUACGUAAAAUGAAACCACAACACGAUACAGAAGCAGAAAAAUUAAACUUUGAACGUAGCUUGGCAGCUAUAAGGAGAAGAGUUUCAUAUAGAUUGUCAAUAUCGCAUUCUCGACCAUCACAGAUCCGAGCAGAGGCUAUUGCUGGGCCACUUCAACAGAUUAUGUCGCAGCCACCUCAACCGCCGCUUAACAUAGCCUCAGGUAUGCCAGAAAUGCCAACACUCGUUGACAGUCUAGCUCAAAUGCUACAGCAUCGCCAACAGCUAUUGCAGAUAUUACGUUUACCAAGCUCUGCGCAGAAACAAGACCAAAUCCAAGAAAUAUUGAGGACUAAUACGCAGCUGAUGGCGAAAUUCAUCAAGCUAAGACAGAAGCAGCGACUUGUAGGACAGCAACACUUGCAGCGUCGUCAGCCUUCGUCACUUUUGAUGAGAUCUAUGGAUGCAGUAAGAUCUCAUUGCGUACUAAGUACACCGAACGAGAAUUCUGUCGAUAAUCAAACAUCUUCGACACCGACACCGAGCAACAGUCCGAACCACGUAUCGGCUCAUCGACUAGCACUGCAACAACUAUUGGAAGUUUUACGCUUGCCGAGCUCUCCGGAGCAACAGACUCAAAUAAGACAGAUAUUGAAUAGUAAUCCGCAACUGAUGGCGGCGUUCAUCAAGCACAGACAAAUGCAGUUGCAACAACAACAGCAACAUAUAGUUACACUUUCAACACCGAGCAACGGUCCGAACGCUGCAGUGCCGCAGCAUCCUGAAGCUUUGCAACGACAACAGCAACAGACGGUUACACUUUCAACACCGAGAAACCCUCCGAUCACAUUGCAGCAGCAUACUGAAGCUUUGCAACAACUAAGGAACCUUGUACCUUUACCGAGCACUCCGCAGCUACAGGUUCAAAUACGUCAGAUAUUGAGCAGGAAUCCGCAACUGAUGCCGACUUUCAUGGCGCUAAAACGGUCCCAGUUUCAAAAAGAACAACAACAGCAGCAGCAACAGUCGCAAGAGCAAUCACCUCAGCAGCAAGAGUCUCAACAACCGCCAACGAUCGGUGACCCACAAGUGCAGCAAGAUCAGCCACAAGUGAUCGAUAUUGCGGACAAUGAAUUGAUGGAUAGUCUUCAAAGUAUGAUUGAAUCGUUUAAUGAUUGUAAAAUGUGAUGUGCUCGUUUCAGUCCAAUUGCUAAAUAUAAGUUAACUAUAUUUCAUGAUAUAGAAACAGGAAAUUUGGUAUGAUGAACGAGGACCCCAAAAGAAACUUUUUAAGCACAGAAGCUCUUCAUCAAAUCUCAUAGGAUAGACGAUGGUCUCUCUCUCUAGCAGGGAAUUUAAAUUUCAGACACUUUUCUUCUCAGAUCUUGAAAUUAAUUAAAUUUUUCCGUUCAGCAAGGUUGAAUUACCUACAUGAAAAUGACCCUAGAGCAGCCAGUUAAUUGAAAAAUGAGCAGCUAAAUUCCGCUGUGCUCGUUCUAUGAGAUUAGACAAAUGGCUUCCUUGAUUAAAAAAAUUUAUUUUGGGGCACUUGUUCAUCGUAUCAAAUUUCAUGCUCUUGUCAUGAAUCAAAAUGCAGUUUUAUAACUUCCGUCUUUUCUUUUUAUAUAUUUUUAGGUACCAUUUUUACUUUUUUUUUAUAAACGUACCCACCUACAUGUCUACAUGGGAAUUAAAUGGGCACUUAUUCGAGUUAUUUCUUAUCUUAAAAGUCAUUAUUUUUUUAUUUACGUACAGAAGUACCUUUUGUGGAAUGUCUUAUUUUAUUAUUGUUACUUUAUCUAUUUUUAAUCGAAAUAUAUACUAGGUACCAAUGUGAA